AUGCGUCGCCAAAACACGGAUCGACCGGUCAGACAACGACAUUUCAGUCGAAUUGAGCCUCAGGGUAAGUUUUUCCGGCUUUUUUUCUUGUUUAUGUUUAGAUAAAGAGGAAGAAGAUUAUGAAAAAGCAAAGAGAAGGAGGUGGAAGCCCGGUUCCUGUUUUUAAUUCCGGUAUUUUGUUGUACUAGGUGGUCUGAGGGUUGGAUUGGACGGAAAUGGUGUUUUUGAUAGGGUUUGCCUAUUUUUUUGGUCCAAAGGGUGCGAAGUAUUUUCUGUGUUAUGUGAGGCUGUUUCUAAAAUUAUUUGUAGCCAGUUUGAGAAGUUACGAAAAUAAAUUUGCGCCGAUAUUGUACUGGAUGGUCAUGUGUAAAAUUUUGAUGUCUUCGAACUCGAGUUUUGCCGAAAAUGGUUAGUAUCAUUUCGGAACUGACGUAUUGAGGGUGUUUGGAUCAUUUUGGAACAAAAUUUCAUUGUUUUUGUUUGAAGAAUAACCUUUUUUUAGAAAAUUAGUGUUUUAUCCUCGACAACAAUGUUAUGAUCUAAAAAUUUGUUGAUAUUUAUUGACUGGCGGUCCCAGUAAGUGUCCUUGACUCUCAUUCGAAUUAAACUUUGCUUAAUAUAUCGAUGAUUUUCUAGGAAAACUCAACUCAACUGCCUCUUUGAACCCCUUUCUCACUCCGAAACUUCGGCAUGCCUUGGAAAAUUGGCCUGGGCCAGGUGUAGUCCCUCUCAAAGUCAUAUUCGUCCAUCUGAAGACUGUUCGAAAGCUUUUACAAGAAGCUCAUCCAAAAGUUUUGGCCGACGAACUUCUUCUUGUCCCUUUUAUCAAUCGGCAAGGAUAACUUGAAUUUUUGACUUUUUUCUUUAGUUUAUUAUCAAUAUUCGAGGUUUUUAGGCUAGUACAGACGCUUCACUGUGAUGAUUACCGGAUUCGGUCGGUGGGAUUGGCGAUUUUUCGGGUUCUAACGGUAAAUGAAUCAAGACUACGGCAUUUUUUGAAGAGAAUCGUCGAUAUUUUUGCUGUGAGGUGAGCAGUUGUUUUUUAAGCGGGUCGAGGAACAAGUUUUUGGGAUAAUUGGUCUAUUCUAAAUGUAAAAUAGGCCUUGAAUUAAGUUUAGUUUGUAAUUUUUCCCUUCAGAUCUCUUGACGGAACCAUUGAAGUCGAAAGAACCUCAGCCCUGCGAUUGUUGUCCGCAAUGUUGGACAUUUACCUCAAAAGUGAGCUCCGAAUGGAGGCUGAGAUGUCGAAUUUGGCGGAGGAUAUUUCCUUCAUCGAUUUUCCAUAUAAUGCCCUAAGGGCGAUCAAAUCCCUGGUGUUUAACUAUAAAUGCGAAUUGAGCGAAGAACACGAUCGGAUCUCAACGUAAGAAGCGGAAAUAAGGUUUUAUAUUAAAUUUGGAGAGCAAAAAUAUGGUUUAGAAGGGCUUGAUGUUUUCUUUUUUGAUUAAAAGGCAUCAGGAUAUUAUACUUGACAUUAAGGCGGUUUUUGGGGAAGAAAACUGAAAUUUAUAUCAAAAAAUAAUAAAUUUGUUGUCUAGAAAGAUUACUAGCAUAUUACGGAGAAUAUAGAAUAAUUUUGAGUCCAUUUCAUACUGUAAUUUUUUACAAAUUAUUGAAAAAUCUCGAAAAUUUCACUUUUUUAUCCGUUUUAUUUUUCAGUCUAGUCAAAAGUGCAAUUGGAAUCCUCCUGAAACUCUCAAUCACCGAACCCGAGCUCGUAAUCAAGUUCAUUGGCACCGAUUGGAUUCCCUUUAUCCUUUCAUCGCCUGCUCUCAACAUAAAAUAUAACUGUAUUUUGCUCUCGCGAGUCAUUUCCAAAUGGCUUCAAGACCCGAAACUCCGCGAACUGGCGGAUAUGAAGUCUUUUCUCGUCAAGGUUUUUGCCCCAUUAUUGGAUUUGGGGUUCUUCCAACAGGCCGAUGUGAAACAGAAUGGAGUUAUUGCGACGGAAAACUUUGAGAUCACCACUCAGAGAGUGAUGAAUGCGUGCUCAAUAGUCAUGAAGCAGUUACUGUGCACGUGGAGUGGAUUCUUGGCAUUGGCCUGCGAUGAAAAGAACUCUACAGCAAAGACACACUCACCGCUGAAGUAGGGUUGGGAAAAUGGGAAUAGUGGGCGGAGCCAAAGGGGAAUGGGCGGAGCUAAGGAAAAGUGGGCUGAGCCAAGGGAAAAUGGGCGGAGCCAAGGCAAAGUGGGCGGGUUGAUGACAAUUUCGCAAAAAAAUGCUAGCUCGAAAAUCUUUCGACCUUAAGAUCACGGUCGUUUAUGCAAAGUACGAGUUAGAAGUCCUGUAUGUCAUAGAAAAAAUUAGUCUAAAUUUGUCCCCAUUUUCAUCAAAAUCGAAGCGUUGGACUUGUGGUACUUCCUCUGUUAGCUGGCAAUUGGAUAUCAAGUUUGUGAGAAAAUCAACUCACGCUUUUCGGAAACCACCGAGAUUUUUUGACCAGUAAUGCAAAAAGCCAUAUGGAUCCAGUGGUCAAAAGCGCUUCCCAUUGCAUGCAGGAAGCAUUCCGAAUACCGUCAAAUACCUUCUUUUUCGGCUGCGAAACUAGUGUUCCUUUGAGGUGUGGGCCGAAAGUUGCUAUUAUUGUGGGUGGAAGGUUCCAAAAGUGCAGCUUUCAGCUCUCUCCGCAAAAAAACACUAAUUUUGGGCCAGGAAUGGAGAUAUUUGGCGGUAUUCGGAAUGAUUCCUGGACUUAAUGGGAAGCGCUUUUAACCACUGGAUCCAUAUGACUUUUUUGCAUUUUUGGCCAAAAAAUCUAGGUGGCUUACGAAAAGCGUGAGGUGAUUUUCUCACAACUUUGAUGUCCAAUUGCCAGAGAGGGAAGUACCACAAGUCCGACGCUUCGAUUUUGAUGAAAAUGAGGACAAAUUUAGAUUAAUUUUUUGUAUGGGACGCCGAGACUUCUAGGUCAUGCCUUGCAGAAACGACCAUGCUUUUAAGGUCGAAAGACUUUCGAGCUUGCUUUUUUUUGCGAAAUUUUGUCAUCAAUCCGCUUGACUACAAGGUGUCCUGUCCAGCACUGUUUUUAUAACUGAAGUAAUGCAACAGAUGAGCGUAUUUUACCUUCUUUAUUUAAUGAAUAACGUUUUAGCUGGCUAAACUACCUCGGACUCACCGCAUCGGCCGCCGGCUCCCACUUACAAUUGAUUUACAUGACAGUAAAUGUCUGCGCCGAAUUUUUUGAUCGACCCUACUCGAAGAAGGACUUUAUGUCGUGGGAGGAGGCUUUGGAAUUUUACGGUAAUUUUUUUCGAUUUGAAAAAAGUUCUGAAAUUGUUGAAUUUUAGCCCGAACUGAGGAGCCAGACGAAUACGACUGCGCUGUUCAUGAUCAAUUCGUCGUGGGAGAACUAAAAAACAUCAUGGAUAAAGGAUUUGUAAUCUUUUAUGCUAAAAAUUUUCAAAAAUUGAAUGUUAUAAAAAAUGGCGUAUUUUACAGAUCAAAAACGACCACACAAACCCUCUCACCUCAUAUCGAGCGAUCGUAGCAUAUGUGUUGAUCUACAAUGGCCUCGGGCAAUGCUUGGGAAGGCUGAUUACACAAUCCCCAAACGAAUCCAUGAUGAUCAAAGCCACCUUAUUGCUGGCGGAUUUGUUUCGAAUAGUAAAAAAAUUUGGGUUUGAGUUGAUUUUUGCGAAUUUCAGAGUGCAUUGUACUUGCCGAAGAACUGGAAAAUCGCUGUGAUGUCAACUCCAAUGCUCAUGAAUAAGAUGACCAAGGCACUGUUGCACGAAUGGGAGUUGAAUUUGAAUAAGAAAACAUCGAAUCGGUAGGCCUUGAGGGGGUGUUGAGGGUUGGAAAGAGGUGGUUUUUCAGGUUUGAGGAAAUUUGGGACAAAUUUUAUAUUACACUUGACAAAAUAUUUGAGAUUUUUUUGGAUGCGUGGGCUUUUUAUUGGAUAAAAAGGGUUAUUUUGAGGUAAAAUGUUGUGUACUUUACGUGUUGUAAAAUAUGUUUGAAUUAAAAAAUUUUGGGCUCAGCCGGUGAUCGAAACCGGGGCCUCUCGCACCCAAAGCGAGAAUCAUACCACUAGACCACUGAGCCGCGCUUCUCAGAUCUUCCCAAAGAAGAGGUACCCUAAGGGGAUAAAUAAAAAAUACCCGAUUUCUACGGAGAUCCGAGGAAUCUCCGGAGAUUUUUGGGUCGUUUACGCUGAAGACACGUCGAAACGAAGCGAAUGGAGGAACGCGGCUCAGUGGUCUAGUGGUAUGAUUCUCGCUUUGGGUGCGAGAGGCCCCGGUUUCGAUCACCGGCUGAGCCCAAACUUUUUUGAACUUUUGAAAAAACGUUUUUGGCGAAUACGGUAAAAUUUUGAUGUCAAAUUGCUACAUUUUUAAGCCAUCUUAUUUUCCGAAAAUUUUUGUUUGGCUUCUCUUCUUGUGCUAGCCAAUAAAGAAAAAUUUUUAGCGGUGCCUCAGUCCUUCUCCAUCGCCUGGAUGAAGUCAACACCCUCUCAUUUCGUCUAGAAGAACGCGAUAAACUCGCCGACUUGCCAUAUACUGACUUAUUUAUCCGUAAACGACCACUUUUGCCAAUCAUUUCGGACUCGAGAAAUAUCGAAACCAAUGAGGAAAAGGUGAAUGAAUGCUUACAUAUAGCCCAUCAUGAGCGUGGGUUCAACUGGAAAGAGGCGAAUUACAUCCUCCAAGUUUUUUUGGGAUCACCGAAGCUGCUUCAAAGGUUCAGGAACAAUGAGAAAUGUCAUCAUUUCUUUGUUGAGGUAGGUGAGGAUGGAUAAGAUAAUUUUUUGCUGUUUUGAGGCGGGAGGAGGUGUUUUCAUAGCUUGAUUUGAGCUUUAGAUUGUUGAAUGGGACAUUUAGUUGGGCAUUUGAUUAAUUUUGAAUUUUAUUUUUGCGUUUUUUUAGAUUUUGAACUAUUUUUCGCCAAAAACGGAAAAGGCAAUUGAAGGUGCAGAUAAGCCGAAGUUGAUCCGGGAGUUCAGAACAGGCCUGACUGCCCUGCGAAUUGUCUCUCAAAUGGCGGAAACUGAACCAUACUACAGAGAAAUGCUCCAUUCUUUCAUCACCGACUUUGUGGAACAACAAGAUCUUUUGAUGGUAAAGCAUAAAAGUUUUGGCAGUUUUUGGGUAUCUCAGUGAUUAUAAAGCGUAUUGUGGUUAGUCAAUAACAUUUUUAGAUCAGAGUCGGUACUGAAAUUUGAUUUUUAGACUUUUUUUGAUCCGAUAUCAAGUGUAAUAUAAUUUUUCAGACGAGUGACCGAUCCACCCUGGUCUCACGAAAAGUCACCCAUGGCAAUGCUGAAUUGUACUACGCAUUGAUUGCUACCAUCGCCGACACUCCAUAUGGCCAUACGGCACUUCAAAACACCCAAUUCUACCAAAAGUAA